AUGUCGGCGUUCCCCGCGGGCAAGUACGCCCGCUACAAGCGCGCCACCGCCUUCUUCCUGGACUGGCUGCUGCGUGCACGCGGCCGCGGACAACCCACAGGCGCGCGCGUGGAUCUCAAGGCGCUGGACGACGUGGUGCGGGAGAUCGCAGCGGGCCCACCCACGUUCUUUGCCGAGGACGACGCGGCCCAGCAGGGCCACCGCCACUUCUUGCAGCUGCUCAAGAGCUGGCACCAGACGCUCAUGCAGGCGGACGGCGAGCCGGACGACGACGACGCGCUACUGGAGAUGGAGAGCACCAAGUUCGAGAACUAUUAUGAAGUUCUGCAGGUGGACGAGGAUUAUUUUCCGGAUGAAGAGACGGCCGUGCUGCGUGAAGCUCCGAAGACGGCCAAUUCGUGGGAGAGUUUCAAGAGAUGCGGGGCGUACCAUUUCGUCCCGGGAAUGCUCAUGGUGGACUAUAUGAAUGUGAUGAACACACUGGCAAGCUUCACGUCUGCUAUCCCGACCGACCCUCGGCAGACUCUGAUUCUUCGGGAUGGAUUCUUCGGCCCAACCUAUGGCGAGGAACGGACUCCGCACUACGUGCUCCCAGACCCUAGCAACAUGGUGGUAUUCCUGAUGCAGCAGUUGCCGCAUCUGUACAAUACUAUCAUCGCGAAGAAAGCCGCUACUGGGUCGGGGUAUGAUCCGUCGGGCUUCACGGGCUCCUUUAUGGCGCAGAUGGACGAGUUCUUCACGUCCCGCAAGGUCACAGUCCCAAUGGUGUUCACAUGCAUUUGCUGGCUGAAAUCCGUUGCUGCUUUGCAGGGAGAUGCUGGUCUCAGCCGUAAUGUGAGUCUUACGUUCAAGCACACGUCAGACCUGAUGAAAAACCUGGAGGCCACUUAUGCGAAGGGUGUGGUUAAAACCAACGACCAAGAGAUUCACGGCUUGCUUCAGUACUGCACGGAAGAGAUCAAGAGCUCCAACAUGGGCCGUCACCUGGGACGAGCGAACCCGUUGCUGGCUGGUUUCACGAUGAUGAGUCACCAUUUGCAGUAUUUGAACCUUGGAGGUGAAGUUAUCAUGGUGACGUCGAGGUUCCGUGCGUUUGGCCAUCUCUACAACGCCUUGGUCUGCCAAGGAUUCCUUCAGCAUAUCCCGUUCUUCGACGAGCUGCUGGACAUCUAUGAUCAGAUGAUCUUCACUCCUUCACGUGCUGCAGUCGUUCACGGUGCAUACAAUCGCACCUACCUGCUAAGCUCGCACAUGACCGCUGCUUCUGUGAACGCGCUGUACCGUGGUGCUCCACCCCCAAACAAAAACGAAGAGAUGUGUGACAAGCUAGAUCGACGCCAGUAUCACGACGAGUACAUUGCACGUCCAAGCCCCGGCGAGUCUCGCCAAUAUCGAGUGAACCGCGCAUUGGAAGAUGCCGUGAUGCUGCUGCUGAUGCCGCUUCUGGAUUGUCUACAGCGCGAUGGCUCGUUGGAUUUACAGGCACUUCCGAUCGGAAAUAAUGUUGUGCAGACUGGCCGUUUGGAUGGCGGAAAGGUGACAGCAAUGUGUCGGAAGGUAGCUGCUGUGAUCAAGGCCAAAUUUGCGACUCCACCUCUCAUGUGCGAUAAAAGGUAUUUUACGUUCCCGUCGCGCCCAGAUUUCGUCAACCAUGAGUAUGGAACGGUGUCGUUCAAGAGACUCACCGGGGGUGCGAACCGCGAGAACGUGUUUUGCGACUUGAUGGAUAUGCUGGAGGAAAGUGACGGGCCGCUGUCGGAGAGCGACCUGAAAACGCUGAAGUCGGAAAUCAAGAGAGACCCCGGACUAUUGAACAUGAUCUCGCUUCGCUCGUUGUCAGGACCUGAUCGUAGCGUAUUCGACCCUGAGAAUCUUGCGAACGCACCCCGUGAUGAUCUCUCAACGCUACUUCACCAGGCUGCAGCCGGUCCUGCGCAUGAUGCUGAACUGGUCGAGUGGAUGAUUCAGAUGGGAGCACUAGUCAUUCAGCCGACUCUGCACUGCAGAACCGAUGUCAGACAGAGUAAUCUGAGAUGCCCCCGCGACGAUCUGUGCAGAACUAUGGCGGUUCACAGCGCAGCAAUCGCGGGCCACGAAGACAUUGUGCGAAUCAUUCUUGAAGCGGACAACAUGAUCGACCUGAACACGCCGACGUAUGACACAAAGGAAACACUUGCGCACUUGGCCGUCAAACAUGGCCACCGUCGUUUGUACCGAGUGCUGGCUGCGUUAGGGGCCGACCUCCGCAUUAAGGAUGGGAAUGGGAGAAGUGUGAGUGAGAUGACUAGGGACCCAGAUUGGGCACACGAUAUUGCCGGAUCGACUGCUACCCUGGAAGAAAGCCAAGCAAGAUCCGAGGGUGCGAGAAAUCGCGAUGCCCAGUUCCGUCACGAAGCGUCUAUCCGGGCCGAUCAGCUGCACAGGUCUGUAGCUGCCCACCGUGAUGAAGAACGCCAGAGCGCAAUUGCAACUGCGGACACAGAUGCAGCGAGUUCAUCGAAGAAGAAGAGUAAAAAGAAGGGGAAGAUGGGCAAAAAGGGAAAAGACAAGGGACCAGCGGCUACAACGACCCCGUCUUCUGUAGGUUCUGUCGAGGUAGACGGCACGGCGAAUCUGCUCAAGGAUCUCCUGUCACUUACGGGAUCGGGGGUUGAUGCCGACGAUGACUCAAAACCUCUGACAGUGUUGGACGACUCGCUCGAGAAUACAGCAGCUAUGUUCGCUCGUCUGCGAGAUCUCAGCAUUCCUGCCGAGAACAAGAUCGACGAUGCGAAGCGUGCGUGCGAAGAGAUCGAGAAGCUGGAAGGCGUUGUUGCGCUGUCGUCCCAUACGAGCCGACUGAACUCGACGGAUCGCCGCUUGAGAACUACGAUAGCGUCUGAAGCCUCUCAAGUCUUUCACAUGAUGCAGAAGCUCCACCGAGUCGACCACGCUGCAAUCUCAGUGCCCGCCCUUGCUUCCGUGCGGAAGAUGUGCGCCACAACUCCGAGCUUCACCAGCUUUGUGGUUGGCACGGCUCAAAUCUGCGCCUCCGUCGGCCGGAAGCCUCAGGCUCGUGAGCUCCUCGAUUUACUGGAGAAGCGGCUGCUGAAGACCCCGUUCGAGAAGCGCGAGCCUGGAGCGUUUCGAGAAAUGGUGCAGACAUACUCUGAAGCUCGCAAUGGCAUGGCAAUGGGGCGAACCGCCAGCUCCGACUCGCUUCGCGCUCUGGAGUGGUAUCUGGUCACGACGGUGGACGACUACAAGGUGCACGUUAGGCUUGAUGCGAUGAACGGCCGGCCGUUUUACUUCGAUCUUGCAACCACUGCGAACGCGAAACAGUUCUCUCAAUUCGAGAGCGCGAUUGCUGCGAUUGACGGAGUGCACGGCGUGGUAUGCUUCGACAAGCGCGUUGUGUACGGCGGGUCGAGUGAAGAGGACGUGGCCAAGGUUCGUGAGCUGAUUCUCGGAGCUGCAGCUACCGCAGGAGUCCGUUUCGCUGAUCGAAACUCGCAACAGGGCACGCCGAAUGUUCGCAUCGGACAACCACGUCCCUUCUUCCUGGACUGGCUGCUGCGCGCGCGAGGGCGCGCUGGUGGGAAGCGCGUGCAGCUGGACGAGUUCAAUGAGGUCGUCAGGGAGAUCGCGGCGGACCCGUCGGUCCUAACUACCAAGCUGCUGCAAGCGCUGCCCAAGGCGCUCGUGGCCUGCCAGUGCGCCAUCACGUAUCGCGAGCACGUGGCCGCCUUCUUCGCCGAAGACAACGAGGCCCAACUGCUGAAAGGCUGGAGCCAGACGCUUGAAGCCCUCGCGAUGGAGCAGCAUGGCGCUGCAGCUGAGGAAGUCAAGCGGUUCGAGGACUACUACGAGGUGCUGGAGGUGGACGAGGACUACUUCCCAGACGAAGAGACUUUUGUGAGAGGCAAAGAGGCCCCAAAGCGAGCCGAGGCGGACCGGAGGCGUUUGUUUGACCAAGCAUUCGAUGAGAAUCUGAGGCUGGAAGUGGCGCCUUUCUUUCUGGAGUUGGAGGAGCUGGUGGAGGAAGUGUUCAAUGUAGGUCUUUUCGGAAAUGUGUGA